GGCCAAGGUCAGGCCUCCCUUCCCUUCCCAGAACCACAGCUGCUGCUGGACUUCUGGCCUCCUGGGAAAUCCAACAAGAGGGAAGGGCUGGAGUCAUGCAGCGGGAGUGAGGUCACCCUGCCUGCUGCUCCGUCCGGCAGCCAGGAAACCCCUCAGCCCUCAUUAACCAGCAGCUUCUGGCCUCCCCAGCCCCCUUUCCUGAGUUCUUUGCUGGACCCUGGUGCCAGUGGAGUGCAGAGUGGCCACCAGGGGGUGCCCUGUGGCAGGACUGGGGAUGGAGGGUGGCUUCCGAGUUGGACUGCUCCGUUCCCAGGGAUGGGCCAGGAGGGAGGAGCAAGCGGAAGGGCUGGCCUAGGCAACGACAGACAAAAGCCCCUCCUCCGGAGGCCAGUUUGGGUGUCACUGGGUGCCGGGCGCCCUGGACAGCGGCUGCAGCCAAGCAUGGCAGGCCCUGCAGAGGCCCAGAAGCUGGUAUACCUGGUCACAGGCGGCUGUGGCUUUCUGGGGGAACAUGUGGUGAGAAUGCUGCUGCAGCAGGAACCUCAGCUCUGCGAACUGCGGGUCUUUGACCUGCACCUGAGUCCCUGGCUGGAAAAACUGAAGACAGGGCCGGUGCAGGUGAUUGCCAUUCAGGGGGAUGUGACCCAGGCCCAUGAGGUGGCAGCGGCUGUGGCCGGAGCCCAUGUGGUCAUCCACACAGCCGGGCUGGUGGACGUGUUUGGGAGGGCCAGUCCUGAGACCAUCCAUGAGGUCAACGUGCAGGGCACGCAAAACGUGAUAGAGGCUUGUGUGCAAAGUGGAACACGGUUCCUGGUCUACACAAGCAGCAUGGAAGUUGUGGGGCCCAACACCAAAGGUCAUCCCUUCUACAGGGGCAAUGAAGACACCCCAUAUGAAGUAGUACACAAACACCCCUAUCCUUGCAGCAAGGCCCUAGCUGAGAAGCUGGUCCUGGAAGCCAAUGGAAGGAAGGUCUGCGGGGGGCUGCCCCUGGUGACAUGUGCCCUGCGUCCCACUGGUAUCUACGGUGAAGGCCACCAGAUCAUGAGGGACUUCUACCACCAGGGCCUGCGCCUAGGUGGUCGGCUCUUCCGGGCCAUCCCGGCCUCUGUGGAGCAUGGCCGGGUCUAUGUGGGCAACGUGGCCUGGAUGCACGUGCUGGUGGCUAGGGAGCUGCAGCGGCGAGCGGCCGUGAUAGGUGGCCAGGUGUACUUCUGCUAUGACCAGUCCCCCUACCUGAGCUACGAGGACUUCAACAUGGAGUUCCUGGGCCCCUGUGGAGUGCGGCUGGUGGGUGCCCACCCCCUGUUGCCCUACUUGGUGCUGCUGAUCCUGGCAUUCUUCAAUGCCCUGCUGCAGUGGCUGCUGCGGCCGCUGCUGCUCUACGCCCCUCUGCUCAACCCCUACACACUGGCCAUGGCGAACACCACCUUUACCGUCAGCACCAACAAGGCCCACCGCCACUUUGGCUAUGAGCCCCUGUUCUCGUGGGAGGAGAGCCGGACCCGCACCAUCCGCUGGGUGCAGGCCAUGGAGUCAGCCAGCGCAGCACAACUGUCCAGGUCCUGAGUCCUUGAGCCAGGAUGGGCGGGGAAGGUCGUAUUCUAGAACUGGAGGCAGGGAUCUGGGGCCGACUGACUGUCCUGGAGCUUUCCACUUUUUAAAUCUUUAGCACUCAAUCUGGGUCCUGAUGCCUCAAAGGUCUAGGGCAGGGUUUUGAGGUGCAAUGUCUUCACUCUCACCCCAGGCCUGAUGACUGGCUGGGCGAGGGUCUGAAUCCCCUGAGGGUCUCCUGCCCCCACUUCUGGUCUUUCAAAGAGGGGACAGAAGCUGCACAAGCCUCUUGCUGGCCUGCUGACUGCCAGGCAUGAUCACGCGCCUGGAUUCCGAGCGAAGGUGCUUUGUGACCACUUCCAAGACCUUUGUCUCCUUUGGGGACGUCAUCGUCCCAUUAUUUAUAAACAUCACCUUUAGACGUUUAAUUCUCAAUGAAAGCUAAGGAAAUCCAGGUGUUUUCCUUUCUUUCCACCCCUCUAUCCAAAUUCUGUACCUACAGUAUCAUUGGCUCUUCGUCUGAGGACGUCCAGAUAACACUGUACCUGACCAUUCCCUGGAAUAAAGCUCCUCAUCCAAGACUGUGUCUGUCCAGUCCCGCCCGCACCAGCCAUGUGUCUGUCUCCCUCUCCCCACGGCGCGCGUCCCGUGUGGGGACAGAAGGAACUGAGCACACUGCACGCCCGCUGUUGGAUUGGUUGCUAUUUCUCC